AAGCAAUAGACUCGGCAAAUAAUAAAUGUCCUUGCUUUUGGUUCAUGUGCAAUUUUGACCUCACGCACGCAUUCUUAAAAGGUCAACUAAAACCCUUGGCCAUUUCGAUAGAAAGAUUCCAACAGAUUUAUGUUGGUGUUCCACGUGAGGCACGGGAAAAAGAGACUGUCACUUUAUGUCCGGUGCAGCCGUAAGAAGUGAGACCGCCGAUAAACCCAUCUCUCCUGGUGGACGCGGUUUGACAUGCUUUAGACUUUCUAGAUAAUUACCUAGACUGGCUUUGCAUUGUCACAGUCCUAAAUGAGUUGUGGACUAGAGCAAUCGGUGCUAGUGCAGUAAGGAUUAAGGGUAGCGCGUCUUUUUUAAUCAGUUUGCAAAGAUGCAAUGGGAGGCCGCGGGAGAACAAUAGCCGACAGACUAGUUCAAUAUUUGAACUCCUUUGACGAAUAAGAUCUUGUCGCCAAUUUCAAGGCAUAGUAAGCUUUUCUGAGCAACCGGCAGACCAUGGCAGCUGUGACAAGACCUGAAACAACCCCUCAGCCUCGGGUAUACUUCAAGACCCCUCCAGGCACGGAGGACGAAGUUCCCCAGAAACAAGGGCGAGUGACAGUGAAAUACGACAGGAAAGAAUUGAGAAAAAGACUGAACCUCGAGGAGUGGAUAGUCGGACAGCUCACACAGUUGUAUGACUGUGAGGAGGAAGAGGUUCCUGAACUGGAGAUCGAUGUGGAUGAACUCCUUGACCUGCCCAGCGAUGUAGACCGGGCCCUCAAAGUCAAGGGGUUGCUGGCAGACUGUUACAAGCCCACAGACGUGUUUGUAGUCGCCUUGCUGGAGCGCGUACGAGGGAUGCAGAAGCUCAGCACCCCCUCGAAGAAAGGAGAGGUCACCCCCUGAACCCCCCCACCGUCAGCACCCCCUGCAGGAGGCAACCACUGAACCCCCCCACCCCACUCUCACCGUCAGCACCCCUGAACCCUACCAUCUCUCACCGUCAGCACUCCCCUGAACCCCCC